AUGACUGAAACAAUUGAAAACUUAAGGGAUUUUAACUAUUUCAAACUAAACACAAACAAACAUGUUUUGGUUGAGUAUAUUUGGAUAGAUGGUACUGGAGAGAGACUGAGAUCCAAAACUAAAGUGUACGAUACACCAAUUAAAAGCCUGGAUGAUGUUGAAUGGUGGACAUUUGAUGGCUCAUCCACUGAUCAAGCAAUUACAAAAUUUAGUGAGAUUUACUUGAAGCCUGUUUGCAUGGUAAGGGAUCCUUUUCGUGGAGACCCACAUAAACUUGUAUUAUGUGAGACAUACAAGCCAGACCGUAAAACACCAGCACGUUUUAAUUUUAGAUGGAUUGCGGAAAAAAUAAUGUAAGAAGCUAGUGACAUUGAUCCUUGGUUUGGCAUUGAAUAAGAGUAUUUUAUGUUGAAGAGAACAGGGACAACCCACCUAUGGCCUUUGGGAUGGCCUGUCGGAGGUUUUCCAUAUCCGUAGGGAAGAUAUUAUUGUUCAAUAGGAGAACGCAACAACUUCGGGAGAGCCUUAUCUGAAGCUCAUUAACGAGCCUGUCUCUACGCUGGACUGAAGUUGUCAGGAAUUAAUUCAGAAGUGGCUCCAUCAUAAUGGGAAUUUCAAAUUGGAAUUGCUCAUGGAAUUGAGGCAGGAGAUCAUUUAUGGUUGGCAAGAUACAUAUUGGAGAGAUUGGGCGAAGAGUUUGGCAUUGAUAUCAAUUAUGAUCCAAAGCCAAUUCAAGGAGAUUGGAAUGGCACAGGUGCUCAUUGCAAUUUCUCAACAACGAAGACAAGGGAAAAUGGAGGUUAUGAAUACAUCAAAGAAUUUAUGUUGCCUCUUUUGGAAAAGAAUCACCAAAAAAUGAUGUUGUUGUAUGGAUUAAACAAUGAAGCGAGAUUGACAGGUAAACAUGAAACUGGAGAAUAUAAUCAAUUUUCUUGGGGUGAUGGAUCAAGGGGAUGUUCCAUUAGAGUACCAAUCAUUACAAAAGAAUUAGGCAAGGGGUAUUUGGAGGAUAGAAGACCUGCAGCCAAUAUGGAUCCCUAUCUUGUAUGUAGUGCUUUGGUUGACGCAACAUGUAUGAAUGGCAAGAAUCUUAUGACUCUUAUUGAAUAAUUUGCUGAAUCAUUAAAGCAAUUAUGA